UUAACUUUCGGUUUAGCACGCUAACUGUGAUAAAAUAAUACAACAAUAUACCAUAUGGUCCUACUAUAGUAUGGCGACUAAGGAAAAGCUGCGUGUAGAUGGUCUGAUAGUGCCAGGUUUUAAGCCACUUUCAACCUUACGAGAUGCCAGAAGACGUUUAGCAGAUAUUGUUAAUUUACCUACUAGAAAAGAUGAUGUUUUCAUAAUUUCGUAUCCCAAGUCAGGAAACCACUGGCUAAAUGCAAUUGUGCCUCGUCUCCUUGACAACUCCCCUAGCAACACAAACCACCGCAUGUCCAAUCAAUUCCUGGAAAUGGUCUCAGAUCUACAGGAGGUGCAAAAUGCACCCUCUCCUCGAAUCAUGACAUCACACCUUCCGUGUCGAUACCUUCCAAAAGUAAAUCAGGGUAAAAUUUUCCACUCUAUUCGAAAUCCUAAAGACACUGCAGUGUCAGCUUUUCAUCAUUACACCACUGAUCCUGUUGUCAAAGACUAUGUACACCCUGAUUGGCCCAGUUUUUUGGAAGAUUUCUUACGUGGAGAAUGUUACUAUGGGAGUUGGUUUGAACGAGAGAAAGAAUGGGAAGGAGCAGCACAACAAAAUCCAGAACAGAUUUUAAUUGUCUAUUUUGAAGAUCUGAAGAAAAACGGUAUGGAGACGAUGCAACGUAUAUCCAAUUUUCUCGGAACCUCCUCCGAUCCUACAUUUCUUCAAGCUGUUUAUGAUGAUUGUUCUUUUGAAAAAGUAAAGGAAAGAGAAAAGGGGAAACCAUGGGAGUUCAUCUACAGAAAAGGUGAAGUGGGUGAUUGGAAAUCUUUCUUUACGGACGAACAAAGUGAGAAUUUUGAUGGUGUCUUCGAAGAGAAAAUGAAGGGUUCUACAUUGAAGAUACAAUGGAGCUAAAUGUUUAUUUGUAAUUUUCAGAUUAUUGAACGAUGUAUUAUUAAAUAUGUUUUGUUUAACUUAUACAUGUAUAACUCAAAGCAAUAUCAUGACCAAAGUGUUUUAUUAGAGAACUUGAUAAAGAUUUAGCCAUGCAUUUCAGAUAACGUAAAUAAGCUCUUAAUUCAUAUAUAAAUAGAUUUAAAAAACUAUUCUUUCUCCAAUGUCAUAGACAUUGCUAUUGAGGCUUUUUUAGUCCAGUGCAUUGGCUGUAAUCAACUGCAUGUUAUAAAGUUCGUGUAUUUGAUACCAUGUACUCUAUGCACAGAAGCUGCAAAUUUUUUCCCUACAUUUUCCCAGUAUAGAAAACUUGUUCUUAUUGUUCAUGUUUUGAUAGUACUGUAAUGGCCUGGGGUAGACUUUAACUAAUUAGUCUAUUUUUUUUAUGUUUUAUGUGUCAACAUUUAUUGGGAACAUUAUCUGAGUGGAUUUUAUUAUGCAUUAAUUCACUGCUACAUUUCAGUCCUUUGAAUAUUAUACAACGUGGUAUCGUUUAUUUAUAGCACAUUGACAUACUUGUUGUUUGCAUUGAUUUAUACAGGAAACCCUGUAUUUCAUGAAUGCAUGUACAUACCCUUAAAAUCUUUUGAUGUUACUGUGUUUUACUCGAUUACACUUGAGUCAAAUAAGAGCCUGACAUUGCCAUAAUUGUACACGAUUGUUGGAGUCAUGGAAGUUGUUUACAUCCCGCCGACAUCUUAUCUGUAUUAGCCAUAGGUUCGUAUUUUACCAAACUUGUUAUUCAUGCUAUAUCACAGGCAUAAUUACUUGCUAUUUAUUAUGUUAAUUAUUAUUGUGUGGUCUACUAUUCAUUUUAGUCAUUAUUAUUCCCGAUUACAUGUGUCUACAACUUGCACUAUAUUUUUAUCCAUCUGCGAUAUCGUCUGCAUACUCAGCAAGUUUACUUAUGUUAAAUUUACAAGUUUCAGAGAGAAAUUGUUUAGUUACUUAUUAUAGACACAUCCUUUGUGAUCCAUAUUUAUUGGUCAUUUUGUCUUUUCACUUUUUAAUUCCGUUUUGUAGUUAUUAUCUUCAUUGUACGGCAGCCUUGUUUGGCACGGCUUGGCAGAUCUCUGUUUGUACGAUACAGUACAGUGCCGGGAUUGGUGGAAUGACGCCGUACAGCAACUUCAAGGACAAGCUCACAAGAUAAAAGGUCAAAGUGUAUUUAGAAA